UCCAAUAUUUUUUCUUUCAUUUCUUUGUAUUCUUUGUCACUUUACAAAACCAAUCUCACAAAAAUGAUGCAAAUACCUUCAUAUGGCGUGGAGCCUUUUCCGGCAACAAAAUCCGGUGAAGUUCCGGUGUUUUGCAGGAGCACAAGCUUUAGCAGUCUUUUUCCAUGCUUAACAGAAAAGUGGGGUGACUUGCCGUUAAAAGUUGACGAUUCUGAAGAUAUGGUUAUAUAUGGUAUUUUACGUGACGCCGUUAGUGUUGGAUGGACUCCGUUUAAUUUCUCGGCUCAAGAAGUUAAAGCCGAGCCGACUGAAGUGAAAACUGAGCCGAUUACUUUCAUGUCUCCACCGGCUAAGUUAGAAGAAGUGGCUUCGGCUUCGGCUACGGUGGUGAUACCGAAAGGGAAACAUUACAGGGGUGUAAGGCAAAGGCCAUGGGGUAAGUUUGCGGCUGAGAUAAGAGAUCCGGCUAAAAGCGGCGCGAGGGUAUGGCUUGGGACUUAUGAGACGGCCGAGGAAGCUGCAACGGCUUACGAUAUAGCUGCUUAUAGAAUGCGUGGGUCAAAGGCUUUGUUGAACUUUCCUCAUAGAAUUGGUUUGAAUGAGCCGGAGCCGGUUAGAGUGACAUCCAAAAGAAGGUCAGCUGAGCCGUCAAGUUCGGCUUCAUCGGCAUCUGUUAGUGGAUCAUCAUCUAAGAGAAGAAAUACAUAUACAAAAGCUUCAGCGGCUGAGAUAGUGGAGCCUGAAGUACAAAGCCGAUCGUCAAAUGAAAGUGAAGCCGUUACUGAUUAAAGGUUUGAGCCGAUUGAUAAAGCUAGUGUUGCCAAAUUGCAAAUGUGUGGGACCCAUGAGAAUCGUAAAAGAUACGCACCGGGUUGGACCCGGAUGUGUUGGAUUUGGAUAUUGGAUUGAAUGUAAAAUGGACAAAAAUGCCCUGGUCCUACUAAUCUUGAUGUACAAGAUAUGGAGUGCUAAAUUGUAAAUUUGCUUUUAUGCAAUCUUGGGCCUCUCCUUUAGGUUAUAGUUUAAGAGCAAUGUGUAAUGUGUGACCUUUGGAUGAAUGAAUAGAGGUUUUUAUAUCUUAUAAUAAUAAUGAUAAAUUUAUUAA